AAAUUUUUCUUUGUAAAAAUAAUUAGCUUUUUUUAGUUAACCAAACAAUCAUAUAAAAGAAAAAUGUUUUUUUUGUUAAUUUUAGUUUUAAAUUUAAUAUACUUUGCAAAAGGAGAUGCAUUUGACUCAAAAAUUUACUGUAAAAUAGAUGAGUAUUAAAUAAGUUUCAAAGAAUGUAGAAAAUGUGAUUUCUAAUGUUUAUCUUGUAUUGGACCAACUGCUAAAGAUUGCUUAAAGUGCAGAUUUAACAGAUACAAAAAUGAAUGUCUUGAUAAAUGUCCUUAAAAUUACUUUAGCUAGAAUGGAUAAUGCAAAACAUGUAGCAUCCUUUACUGCUAAUAAUGCUUUGAUGUGGAUUAGUGCUAAACUUGUGUAAAAGGAUUUAAACUUUCUGAUAAUCGAAAAUAAUGUAUAUAUUAGUCCCAAAACUCAUUUGCAUACAGAGAUGAAAAUAAGGGAGAUAUUAUUAAUGAUACAAUUGUUUGCUAGGAUUAAUAUGCAACAAAUUAUAGUGGUAAAUAUUGCUAAGCUAUUCCAUUUUGUUUGAAAGAAAAUUUCAUUAAUUAAUUGAAAGAAACAUGCUUUAAUAUUCUUAAUAAAAAUAGCAAUGGUAUAAAGAUGGCUACGAUGAAGGAAAGUGUUGUUUACUAUAAUGAAAAAUAAGCUAAUAUUUAUAGAAUUAAAGAUUACUAAUAUGAAGACUCUCUAUAAAUUAAUGAUAAACUUGUUAAAAUUGUUUACUUUAAAUAGUAACUCUUUAUAUUAUACACAACCUUUACAGAAAUUUAUGAGGGCAAGCCUCUAUCUUUAAAGUCUAAGAUUUAAUAGCCUAAGGAUAUUUUAAAUGUAAAAAAAUCUUACAUCUUUUCUUUAGAGUCUUUUUAAACUGUUUUAUUGACAAUAACAGCCCAAAAUGAUGAAUAUAUAAUACAGGAUCUCCAAAGUUCUAAUAUUCUUGCUAAAAGCUAUGUUGGUCAGUUAAUUUUAGACAUUAAAGUAGAAUAAACACAGAAUGUAUUGGUAUUAGCGACACUUUAAACAGUACAAUUUUUCUAAUUAAAGGUAAAUGAUGAAUUAUCUACCAUAGAUUUAGUCUAUAAAGCGUCGUUUCCUACAAAUAGAAAUAGCAGUUAUAUAAUUUAGAAUGUCUAUACUUAAUUUUAUUAUUCGUAAUCCUAAUCUCUUUUUGCUCUGCUUUUUGAUGAAUAAAGAUACUCAAUUUAUAAUAUUAAAGAAUUCAAGAUUGUUUAUUAAUUAAAUUUGGAUUCUUAUAAUCAAGCUAUUGUGAUAUAAGAAUUAGGAUAAGUAUCAUUUCAUUAUGAAAACCUUAUUGUACUGCAUGAUUUAGAUUUGAUCAUUUACAAAAAAUAAAUAAAGUUACAUGAAAUAGUUAUAACAGGAAAUAACUUUUUAAUUGUUUACUUGAAUCCUUAUGUAUAUAUUGCUUCAAAAGAUUUUACUCAGAGUUAUGUUAGUGUAUAUGACAAUAAUUUCAUAUUUGUAAAAAAUAUUGCUUUAAAAUAAGGUAAAGUGACUUCAAUGCAUAUACGAUAACCAACAAAUGAUGAAGAUAAAGAGACUGUAGUUGUAGGCUAAGAAGAUAACAUAGCUGAAAUAUAAGGGCUAUAAGUGAAGAGAUAUCUAGUUGAAAAUUGCUUUAACUCUCCUGUAAAGUUUUUUGGUUAAACUACUACUCUAAUCAGUGGUUAUGUAGUUGACUAAAUAAGAAGAAUUCAUUUUUAUGUUUCAAUAAAUAUUUAUGGAAAUCUUGUAUUUAUCUUAAUAAAAGACAAUAAGGUUAUCAAAUACGUAGAAAUAUUCCAUCCUGAAUUGAUGAAUUUAGAGUUAUAUUAGAAGCUUAAGCUUUACAUUAAUUAAGUUGAUAGGGAAAUCAAAGUAUUUGGUUUAAGAGUUAAAGACAUGAAGUAUGUCAUUAUGUUUUCAUACUUUCAGUUUAAUGUUUUAUUCAUAGAAUAAUACUUAGAUAUUUUAUUUUUAAGCUCAAGUCUAAUCAUAGUAUAGAAUUUAAACAACUAUAAUUAAGUCAUUUACAAAAGAAAUGAUUUCUAAUAAAAUUCUUAAGUAAUCCUAUCUAAUACUAAUUCUAUUGGUAAUUGCCUUUAAAAUAAUAAUUAUUUUGUUAUUGAAAAUUUUUGGAUUAAUAACUAAAAUUAAUAAGAGAAUACUUUUAUUGCAAUAGAAAAAUAAGCUUUUACUUUCUGCUAUGGUAUGAAAAUUCCAUAAGAAUAUCUAUCUAUUAAUUUUAUUUCUGAUGAUGAGAUUCUCUGUAUUACAAAUACUCACUUUUUAACAUAUAAUUUGAGUGAUUGUUAACAAAUCAAUUCUACUGAGCAUCUUAUUUAAAGUAAGAUAAGGGAUGUUUAGGUUAAAGUUGAUUAUAAUUUAUUAAUCUUAGAUGAGUAUAUUGAGAUUUAUUCGGAAAACGAACAUACUAAAUACAAUCAUACUUACUAUUUCUUUAAUUUAAAAACAUUUUAAAUUAUAAAUUAAUUUAAACCCUUGAAAAGCGUAAAUUAACAACUAGAAGAUUUCAAUUAAUUGAAUACAUAUAUCUUCUUUGUAGAUGGCACUCAUAAAUUUGCAGAUUCAAACAUUCUCAUAGUUAUGGCUUCUUACAAUGAAGAUUAAAAAUAUGAUAUGAGUAACGACGAUAUGUCUACUGGUUUAUGUGAGAUGUAUAUUUCUGAAUUUAUAAUAAAUGGCUUAAAAAUUGAGUAAAGUAAGAUUUAUACAACAAUUUAAGAAUGUAAAUCAAUGAGUAGAUGGGGAGAGCAACACUUUGGUUUGUAUAGGAGUGUAUAGCUAUUCUAAUAAAAAAUAUUUGGAUAAAUUUAGGAAUAGUUCUCAAUAGGCUGCUCUUUUAAUUGUAUGGAAUUAUAGGAAGUGCUCAUUUAUAAAAAUUUAGUUGUUUAUUAAGAAAAAAUUCUUCCUAAUUUUGCUCGAAUAUUAUCUGGUGACACUCUAUUUUAUUCAAAAUAAAAAAUAAUUAAAAGGUAUAACAUAUAUCCAAAAUUCAAUAUCAUAAUGAUUGAAUACUCUACAUAACUAGACUAAGCUGAUGGCUAUCUAAUAAACAUAUAACUUAUUAAGUAUCCUUAAAAUGAAGAGUUAUUCAAUUAUUAAAUAAAUCAAGUUUGCAAAUACUUUGUAGCUAAUAUAAUCGAAAUAUAUAAUACUUUAAUUAUAUGUGAUUAAAAUAUUCUAAGUGUUUAUGAUGUAAAUAACAUUAGCUCAAAAAUCUAAGUUUUUAAUGAUUUCAAUCUUGCAUAAAUAUGUAAAUUUGAUUACUAAUUUAUAAAUGUAGGAUCUAUAAAAGGUGAUUUUCUUGCAUAGUGUAAAUUAGCUUUUUCAGAAUACAGUCCGAUAAUAUAUAUUAACGGAUAAGGUAUCUAUAAUUAUUAAAACAAUUCUUUCACUGCAUACCCAUAGCUAAUAUUUGAUAUAUUUAAGGUUGAAAGAUCAGUAAAUAAUUUUUUUGGAAGUUUAGAAUAGAAACAGCUAUUCAUUGAGUAAGAAAACUAGAUAAUAGUUAUUUUAUACCAAACUAUAUUUUUUUAUAAUAAAUCAAACAACUAUACCUAAUAUCAAACCACACUUAAACUAAACAGUUAGAACUACUUUUUUGAAUAAAAUUACUUUAUAACAUUAAAUGAGCAUUAAAAUUAUGAAAUACUCUAAAUAUACAACUAUCUAUUUGAAUCAAUCAUAUCAUUUUAAGAAGCUGAAAAUAUUGAAUUUAGCAGUCAGUAUUAUAUAGACUGUACUGGAUUUAAUAAAAUGCUAAUAACUUAUACAAUGAAGAUUGUUGGAUUCAAUCAACCCUUCUCCCAGUCAAACGAUCCCUUUUUCACUUAUAAUGUAUAAAGUUAAUAUAAAAACUUUAACGUUUAGUUAUGUACUGAUGAGCAUUUAAUAUUGUUGGUUAAUCUGACUUCAACCAAUAUGCCAAGAUAUGAAAUAUAGGUCAUAUCAUAUUAUACUUAAAGUUUGAUUAAAACAUAUUCAAUUAGACCUGAUCAACUAAUUUUUAACAAUUAAUCUAAGUCAGUUACCUAAUAAAAUUGGUAUUAGAAAUCAAAAGGAAUAGCUUUAAUUUAGAAUAUAAUCAUUUCUUUAAUUGAAGAUGGCUCUGAUCUUCUGUAUGUCUUACCAACUUUAGAUUUUGUUUAUGAUGAUGUUAAUGAUUAUGGAAUAAUAAUUGAUAAUAAAAAUAAUAAUUAUAUAUAAGUAAUAGACUUUUCAUUAAUUUUUCCUUUUAAUUUAAAUAGCUAUUCUUUUGCUAAUGACAUAAUGAUAGGACCUUAUUUAUAUGGCUAUACUAAUAAAACAACUAACUAAUAUUAGAAUAAAUGGAUUAUAUUUUAUAAUUCAUACUAUAAUUCUAUUUUCUUUUAUGAUUUUGAUGAUGAGACAGAGACAAAGCUUUAAUUAGAUGAUGGAAUUAUUUAGAAUAACCACCAAAUUUUGUAUAAUAUUGAAUUAAGAACAUAGUCAGAAGAUGUAGACCCUGAAAAAAACCCUGACUUUCCAACUGAGAGCUUAAUAAAAAAACUCAAUUUUGCUUGUUUAUUUAAUAAUUAUGCUGUCAUUUUCAGCAAAGAAAAAAUUAUUUAAUAUUUGCCAAUAACUAAUUAUGAUAAAAAUAUACCUGAAGGGAGUUUGAAAUUUAAUGAUAUUAGUAAAAGUGCAACAUUUGCUAGAAUUUAAAUGAACAAUAUCACACACUUAUAUGAAGUUGUGUAUAAACACGUAAAUCUUCCCACAAAUAUAGAUUUAGGAAAAAUUUUGCACACAGUUUUUUAUUCACAGGAUCUCUUGUUAUAUUUGGCUUUCAUAGACUCUAAUGGUUAUUUUGUAGUUGAUGAGAAUGUCUUCAUUAAACUUCCUGAAGAUUACUCAGUGGAUAAAAUAAAUUUAUUUGAUAUCAUAGUGAAUGAUAAAACUGCCUAAUCAAUCUUUAUUUUGGGAACAUCACAGAAAAUUAGUAUAUACAAUGAAUCUUUAGAUAAAUUGCUAGAAAUGGAUACUUUAUCUGGUAGUAUUUAAGAUGCAAUUUUAGAAGAAAAAUUUUAAUAUUUGCUAUUAAUAACAAGCAAUACACUUAUGGUAUAUAGAUACACGUUAAAUGAAGAAAAAUCCAAUAUUAACUAAAUCGAACCUCUAAAUAAAUUUAAUCUUCAAUCAAGAAAUUAAAAUAAACUUUCCAAAAUUAAUAAUGAUCACAUUGCAGUAAUAUCUAAAUCAUAGCUUUCAAUGUUCCUAUUAACCUCUGAUUCAGUUUAAUACAUUUACUCUAUUCAGAAUUAAAAUUUUAAUAUUAUUUAAAAUUCACUACUUUUUGAUGAUUCGAAAUUUCUGAUAAUAUGGGAUGUUCAUAGAGUUUAUCUUUAUGAUGUUAGACCAGAUAACGGUGAGAUUGUUUAAAUUUUUUAUAGAGAGUAUACUCAUAUUAAAAUUCUUUAUACUGGCUACUAUUGGGACAAUAAUAGGUCAUUUAUUCGAUUGAUUGGAGUCACUGCAACUAAUGUAUUUGAUAUUAGAAAGGAAGUAAAAAAUUUAGACAAGAAUGCAGAAUAAUAAAUUCAAUAUCAAAAACUUUUGAAUAGUGACUCAUCUCUAAAAAGCCUAUCUUCUUAAUGCAUAUAAGUCGAUAAUCUAUAUUCAAAUAUAUUAGAAUAAUCUCAAUAGAUAGAUUAUCUUGUUUAAAAAUCUCAUUCAAAAAUUUACAGCAUAAUUUUUAAUGUCUAAUAUGACAACUAAAUUAUUUAAAUACCUGAAAAAAGUUAUUUAGAAAACCUGAUUGAUGGAUUGAAAUUAAUUUACAAUCUUAACAACAAAAAUAUAAAAAUAUUCUAGAAUAAUAAAGUAAAUUUAUAGAAUCCUUAGUUGUUUUAAUAUCUGACUUUCAAAAAUGGGACAGUAGACUUAUAUGUAGACUAAGAUUCACAUUAAAGCAACUAAACUGCUAUUUAUAAUUAAAUUAUUUUUAAUAAUUUUAAUACUAUAAAUUUGCUAAACAUUUUAAUAAAGAGAUCAACAUUUAUCAUUAUGUGUAAGAAUAUUUACAUAAAUAAGGUUACUAUAGAUGAAAAAGCUGAUAAAUUUGUAAUUAUUGGUGAAGAAAAUACUUAAAAUUAUUUAUACAUCCAAAAUUUUGUAAUAUUUGUUUAAGAAAUGAAUAAGAAUUUUCUUUAAAUAGAAAAAUACUUUUAGGCAAACAUGAGCAAUAUUUUUAUUUAAAGUUCAAGUAAUUAAAGAAAUGAUACUUAUUAAAAUGAUGGACUUAUAAAUAUAAUUGAUUCAAAAAUCAGAUCAUUCACAGGGUUUGUAAACUUUGAAAAAGUAGGAUCUUUAAAUUUAACUGGCUUGAAAGUGUCUGAUCUUGCAUCUGACAUUACCUUAUUAUCUAUAAUUGAAAUAGAAAAUGUGACAAUUUCUGAUGUUACAGCAACCAACUUGAAUUGGUUAACUACGAUUCCCCUUGAAAAAUCUGCUGAUCGUAGAAUUUCAAUUUUUGAUAUUUUCUUAGCCUUAAAUUUUGUAAACAUAUCAAGGGUCUAAAUUAAAAAUUGUAUGUAUGACAGGGUUAUUAAAAUAAAUAGCACAAUUUUUGAAACAUAUGAUUAUAUUCAACAAGUGCAAUUUUCAAAAAAUUUAACUGUUAAUAUAGAAGAUGUAACAAUCAGAAAUAUAAAACCAAAAGGAACUGCUAAAGCUAUUGUAGCCUAUUAUAAUUUGUUUCAACUACAAGUAAGUCACGCUUUUCUAUCAAAUUUUGUUGCUAAAAAUGUAUCAGGAUUUACUUCAUGUUAUUAUCUAUAAAAAAUGUAAUAAGCUUUUGUUAAAAAUUUCAACAUUAGCUUGAUUUAAAAUGCUCAAAACAUAAUUAGCUUUAGUUAAAUAGAAGAAUUAAAUUUUUAUAAUAUAUAAGUUAUUAAUUUUACAAACAUAGUAAAUUGCUUUUACUUAUAAGAUUCAUAAAUAUAGCUUAGUAAAAUAAAAAUAAUAAACCCUAUAAUUAGUAAUUACUAUGUUUUUGAUUCUGCAAUAAAAAUUUCUUUUUACUAUACAAGUAGUUCUAUUCUAAUUCAAGAUACAAUAGUAUAAAAUAUUUAAAACUAAAGAGGAAAUGGAACAGCAAUUAAUAUCAUAAAUGCUAAUUAAGUAAAGCUAUAAAAUGUUAAAUUAAAUUAAAAUUUUUGUAUUUUAAAUGGUGGAGCUAUAUAUGCUAUCAAUUCAAAUAUAUUAAUUUAUUAAUUAGAAGUAACUGAUAAUAAAGCCGUCCUUUCUGGAGGAGGUAUAUAUCUGCUUAUGAGUUAAAUUGAGUUAGAUAAAAAUUUUAAAGAUCAUGAUAUUAAGAAAUCAGUCAUUAAAAACAACUUUGCUUAAGUUGGGGGAGGAAUCCGUUACAUAUCCAACUUUAUACCAAAUUUAAUUUUGGAAAACGAGAGCAUUAUUUCAGACAAUAGUGUUAGGUUUUAUGGAAGUGAUUAUACAAUGUAUCCAAAAAAAAUAUAGAUCAUCAAAGAUUAGAAUUAUUAGCUGCUUUCAUCAAGUUUGUUGUCAAUUAAACAAAAGGUCAAAUUUAUAUGGGUUGAUGAGCAAGGAAAUAAUUUAAAAUAUUACGACGAAAACGAUACUGUUAUGCAAUUAUUUAAUCUAAAAGUAAUUGAUGAACAGUUUACUGAUUUGAUUUAGGAACUCAAAUAAUAUAAAAUAAUAAAUAUAUACUCUGAUGAUAUAAUUUUUGAUUCUAUUUCUAACUAAAUAGAAUUAAAUGGAGCAAUAAAAAAAAAUGAGGAUGAAGGUUAUCAAUACAUAGAAGUUGAAUCUUCAUUUUUGCUUUCUCCUAAAUAAAAGUCUUCAUUUUAUAUUUAUGCACCAUUGAAAUACAUACCUAUGAGCUUAAAAGCUGAUAUCACUAAUUUGUCAUUACCUGUUGAUGUGGAAUUCAGAGAGUGCAUAGAAGGUGAAAUCAUAGAAGAAUACUAAAAUUCAUUAAAAAAAAAAUAUUUUUCAUGCAAUCUUUGCUCAAAUAACACUUAUUCUUUAUAGAAGCCUAUUAGUAAAGAUUAAAAAUGUUAGAUAUGUCCUGAUUACUCAUUGUCAUGUGAAGGAAAUUAAAUAAUAGCUAUGUAAGGAUUUUGGAAUGAGCCUGGAACAGACAUAAUUGAGGAGUGCUUUAAUUAACCACUUAAAUGCACAAGAGAUGAUCCAAAUUUAUAUUAGUGCAGCGAAGGAGGUUUUGGGCCUAGGUGCGAAAGUUGUGACUACUCAAAUUUUAUAUUCUAAGACUAUUACUAUGGUAAGAGUGGUAGAUAUAAUUGUAGUAAAUUUGAGAAAAGAGAUGGAUUUGCAAAAGAAAUUGUUAUUACUGUUUUUUUAGUAUUAAUAUUUAGUGUGUACCAAGGAUUUUCUGUGAUAAAAAUUAAUAAAUAAAUGUCUAACUAACUAAGGAUGUAUUACUUGAAAAAAGCAGGUAUAAUUAAUUUUUAAGUAACUCUCAGCAAAAGUGGGUUUAGUUCUCUAGUUAAAUUCUUUGUAGGUUAUUUUUAAAUGUUAUAAGUCUUACUUUAAUUUAGAUUUAAAAUACCUGACGGAUUUAUAAGUACAAUCACAUUUAUAGGAAAUCCUCUAGAAACUUGCAUUUACUCCCUUGAUUUUGCAUUCAUAAAAUUAGGACUACACAAAAGCAUAGAGAUAGUUUAUUUAAGGUUGAUAUGGCUUUACAUUAAUAGUUUUGCUUAUUUUAUAUUAGCCGUUAUCCUCUCAUCAAUUUACAUCUGCAUCAAGAAGAGGAAGUAUAAAACCUAAAAAAUUCUAAAAAUAAUAUUCUUGAUGAUUUAUACAGCUGGAAUGUACGUGUAUUACUCAGUUUACUUAAAUUUAGUUGAGAUCAUAGUUAAUAUAAUAUCUUGUCAGUCAAUUGGUACUAAAUAUUAUAUUUUAGCUGACAGCUAAUUUGAAUGUCAAACACCUUAUCAUAUUUUAUAUGCAUAUAAAAUAUCUUUACCAGUAUUAGUCAUCAUUACAAUUGUUUUUCCUUCAUUCAUUUUUUACAAGUUAUAUAAGCAAAGAUUAAACUUAUAUAAAGUUUCAUUUUAUCUCAAAUUUGGCUUUUUCUUUUAGGAAUAUCAACCCAAGAAAUAUUAUUGGGAAAUAAUUAGAAUGUCAUAUCGUACACUAAUCUAUGUGGCAUCUACUUACUUUUCAUAAUAGUAGCUCUUUAGAUCAGUUAUUCUUAGCUUGCUUUCACUUCUUUAUCUUGUCUUAACGAAUACAAAUUAACCUUACAGGACAAAAAUCCAAAACAAGUUAGACUUUAUGGUAGCAUUCAUUAUGAUAAUUUGCUAUUAGCUAGGAGUCAUUAAUAACUACACACAUGAUUAAAAACUGUAAGUGGUUUCAGUAAUAUUAGUCGCCAUUUUGAAUAUAGGAAUUAUUCUUUUCUUUUUGCACUCAAUUCUUCGAGAAAAAAUCCUUUUUAACCAAAAGCAGUUUUUUUAUCCAGCCAUUUAAUUUUUAAUUAAAUGGACUCCUAAAUUUUUUGGCAGAAUAUUUAGAGAACAAAAAAGCUGCAUUAUUUUCCAUAAAGGAUGGAAGAAGGUUUAGCACAUAGUUUUUGAAAAUAAGCUACCACUUCUUAGAUUAAAACUUAAUCUACAAUCUCUUCCUACUCAUAAGAUGGAAUUUUCUCCAAGCUACUCAUAAGCUCAAAUUAAUAAUUAACUUGUAGGUCAAUAUACAACAAAAAAUUAAUUGCCCACAUAAUUAGAAUUAUUGAAAAUUAAUAGCAACUUUUCAAAUCAUGAUGCUAUUGUAAUAAAUACCCUGAAUAGUAAACCGAAUAUAAACACCCCUCAAAAAAAAUCAGCAACAAAAAAAUAAUUUAACUUUUUUUCAGACUCUUUUGAAGCAAAUAAAAAAAUAAUCUCUCCAACUGAAAGACCAAAUAUAAAUUUCUCCUCAGAUAUUAAUUUGAUAUUUUCUUCAAGAUAAAAUAUGAAUUAAAUAAACUAACCAUCAGAAAAAGUACUAAAAUUCAAUGAAAAAAAUAAGUGAAAAUAUGAAAUGUAAUUUCAUACUUGUUAGAUUCUGUUUAAGAUUUAUAUGUUUUAAAAUAGCAAAAAAAUUAUAUUGAAUUUAUAUAGUCAAAUCAGUAAGUAGAAUUUAUGUUUAUAUUUUAAUUUACAUUUUAAAGUAAACAGACAUUUAUUUAUUUAGAAUAAAUUUU